AUGGAAGAGAAAACUAAACUGGAACUGGAAUUUGAAUCAUCAGUGGUACGAGAAAAGGAUAUAUGCUGGGAAUACGCGGAGAAAUUAGAUGGUAACAAGGUGAGAUGCAAGUUUUGCUCCCGAGUUCUGAAUGGCGGCAUCAGCAGGUUGAAGCAUCAUCUCUCUCGCCUUCCGAGUAAAGGUGUUAAUCCAUGCGCCAAGGUUAGGGACGAUGUCACCGAUAGAGUCCGUUCCUUAUUGUCUGCCAAGGACGAUGCUAAAGAAUCCCCAAUCACCUUCAAGACCCCUCCUCCUCCUCCUCCUCCUCCUCCUCCUCCAGAAACUAAAGACGCAGUGUCUUCUGCUUCCAGGCUCUUUCCUAGUUUCCUUGUUCCGGCACCCUCCUCUUCCCCCAGUGCUCAUGAGAUCGCGGAGAGGAGCAUUUCUCUCUUCUUCUUUGAGAACAAGAUUGACUUUGGUGUUGCCCGCUCCUCCUCUUAUCACCAAAUGGCCGAUGCCAUUGCAAAGUGCUGUCCUGGAUUUGUCCCUCCUUCCGCCGCGUCUCUCAAGGCUGAGUUGCUGGACAGUCUCAAAUCAGAAAUCACUUUACAAUUGAAGCAUGUUGAAAAGGAGUGGCCCACCACGGGCUCUACUGUCGUCGCAGAGGCAUGGACAGACAACAAAUCUCGAGCACUUAUCAACUUCUUCGUCUCUUCACCUUCCAGAACCUCCUUUCUCAAGUCUGUGGACGCCUCCUCCUAUUUCAAGAACACCAAAUCCCUUGCUGAUUUGUUUGAUUCCAUCAUUCAAGAUAUUGGGCAAGAACAUAUAGUGCAAAUCAUUAUGGACAACAGCUUCAGCUACACAGGUGUCUCAAACCAUAUCUUGCAAAACUAUGGAAGCCUUUUCGUGUCCCCUUGUGCAUCUCAGUGUUUGAACAUGAUCCUAGAAGAUUUCUCCAAGGUAGACUGGGUCAACCAGUGUAUACUGCAAGCGCAGGUGAUAACUAGGUUCGUGUACAACAGUAGCUCCGUGCUAGAUUUGAUGAAGAAGGUAACUGGUGGGCAAGACAUAAUCAGGAGCGGCGUCUCAACAUCUGUCUCCAGUUUUCUAUCAUUACAGUCAAUGAUGAAGCAAAAAGCAAGGCUAAAACAAAUGUUUAAUAGCCCAGAGUAUUCUUCUACACAUGCCAAUAAACCACAGAGCAUGUCAUGCGUGGGUAUCCUCGAGGAUAAUGAUUUUUGGAGGGCUGUGGAAGAAAGUGUGGCUAUUUCUGAGCCUAUCCUCAAAGUGUUGAGGGAAGUUUCUGGCGGAAAGCCUGCCGUAGGAUGUAUAUACGAGUUAAUGUGGAGGGCCAAGGAGUCAAUACGGACAUAUUACAUCAUGGAUGAGAAUAAGCACAAGGUCUUUUCUGACAUCGUUGAUUCCAAGUGGUGUGACCAUUUGCAUUCACCUCUUCACGCAGCAGCUGCCUUCUUGAACCCCAGUAUUCAGUACAACCCCGAGAUCAAGUUCCUCGCUUCUUUGAAAGAAGAUUUUUUCAAGGUGUUGGAGAAACUUCUUCCCACUAGCGAUCUACGGCGUGACAUUACAAAUCAGAUAUUCACUUUCACUAGGGCCAAAGGAAUGUUCGGGUGUAAUCUGGCAAUGGAGGCGAGGGAAACAGUAUCGCCAGGUCUCUGGUGGGAGCAGUUUGGUGACUCAGCACCCGUGUUGCAGCGCGUGGCAAUCAGGAUCCUGAGUCAAGUUUGCAGCGGUUACAGCUUGGAACGCCAAUGGAGCACAUUCCAGCACAUGCACUGGGAAAGGCGAAACAAGAUUGAGAGAGAAACGCUCAACAACUUGGCGUACGUGAAUCAGAAUCUCAAGUUAGGGAGGGUGAUAACCUUGGAGACUGACCCCAUUGCCCUGGAGGACAUUGACAUGAUGUCAGAGUGGGUCGAAGAGCCAGAGAACCCCAGCCCUGCCCAGUGGCUCGACCGGUUUGGGUCCGCCCUUGAUGGUGGAGGAGACCACUUGAACACCAGGCAGUUUGGCGGUGCUAUUUUCGGUGCUAGUGACCAUAACAUCUUCGGCUUGUGA